AUGUCCACCACACCACCCAAAACCGGCCUCCCAACCACCCGCCGCCUAUACACCCCAAACUUCUCCAUAUCCCCCCUUCACGCAGAAGCCCUGUCAAACAUCUACGCCCCCAUCACCAAAGAUCUUUUCCUCUCCAAACCGCCAUCCUGGAAAACAGACUCCGUCACGUCGCCCCCAAAAUGGAAGGGCGAAAAACACCUAUACAAAGACCCAGCCUACUACACCCUCGACCCCCGCGGCAUAAUCCCCUCCAAAAAGUUAGAAGCCAGGGGGUUAAUCGAAAUGCCCUUCCAAGCCUCCUCCACCUUCCCCCGCCUCCUCAUAAACAAGACCGAAUACCGCGACGGCCCCAUAUACCCUCAAUUCGGCGAUUUCCGCAUCGACAAACUGGUCCGGUAUGAGAAAGCCAACGUUCCGGCUAGUUGCUCUUCCAUCGGCGCACCGCACGCCCGGAAACCAAUCCAGGGAGCGGGAUUAGUACCGGAAAUGAUCAACAUACUGUCUAAUCCGCAUAUCAGGAAAGGCCAGUUCCCGGCGCCGUUUUGCGAGUUGCCGGAUGACAAGUUUGUUGCGUGGUUUGUGAGGAAUAUGGUGAUGGUGGGGUGGGGGGAGUGGGAGGCGGAGGUUGAGGCGGAGAGGGUGUUGAGGAGGGGGGAUGGGGAGGGUGUGGAGGAGUUGAGUGGAGUGGUUGAGGAGAAGGGGGACAAGCAGAGGGAGGAUGAGAGGGGGUGUGCUUUGGCGAAGGAGAUUAGGGGGAGGUUGGAGGCGAUUGAGCGGAGGAGGAUGGAGAGACGGCAGGGCAAAACUCAGAGGGCGGUGGAGAGGAAGAGCGGGUGUGAGGAAGUGAGGGAUGAUGUUUCCUUGUCGACAAUGGAGGAGGAACCUGUGAAGCAGGGGAGGUAUCCCGUUGAACGCAGAAAGUGGACUUGGAUAAAGAAGUUCUUUUGGUGGAGAUGA